CCACCUAACGCACGUCAGUGGAAGUUUGACGGUUAGUGUGUGUCGUUGUGGUGCAUCGUUUCUUGAUAUCCGGGACGGGUCUAUACACAUUUCUCCGUGCACAACUAUUUGUUAAAUUUUCGACUUUUCUACCACUAAAAGACCUUUAUUAGGUGAUGUAGGAUGGGUAACUUGUUGAGGCUGUUAGCACGGGAUGAUGCCGGGAACAGCUGUUGCUCUCACCAGAAAUACGACGUCUUCCUCGACUUUGAGAAUGCUGUACCGAGUGCGGAGGAACGGCUACUGUACGAGGACGUGGCGGAGGUGUUGAGAGGGUCCCAGGCGGUGAUCCACGACCUGCAGCAGUAUAAAGGCGCCGCCAAGGAGAUCAGGGAGGCCAUCAGUGACCCUGGGGAUGACUAUCAGAGGCGGGCGUGGGAGAUGGUUACACCCCUCGUCCAGAAGCUGAAGCAGUUCUACCUCUUCUCCAAUGAUAUAGAGAUGAUUGUUCCACGGAUCCUCGCAGAAUUAUGUGGGCCAGAGAUAUCUCCUACACAACAUUUGGAAAACCAGCAAGCACUCGUCAAACAGUUUGCAGAAAUUCUUGAAUUUACUCUGAAAUUUGAUGAACUUAAGAUGACGACUCCAGCCAUCCAGAAUGAUUUUAGCUACUACCGUCGCACAGUCACUCGCCUUAAGAUUGAACACAAUAGUGUGGAGGCUGUUGAUGAGACCAUAGACCAUCAACUGGCCAACAAGAUGAGUCUUUUUUAUGCCAAUUCCACACCAAUGCUCAAAAUCCUCAGUGAAGCCACCUCUAAAUUUGUUACUGAGCACAAGGAGAUCCCUCUGGAAAAUACAACAGAAACUCUGGCCACCAUGGCUAAAGUGUGCCAAAGAAUGUUGGAAAAUCCAGAGUUAAUAGCGAGGUUCAAACGUGAGGAGACACAGCUCUUCAUCUUGCGAGUGAUGGUUGCGCUCAUUAUCCUCUACGACCAUGUUCAUCCUGUGGGUGCUUUUGUCAAAGCUUCAAAUGUGGAUGUGAAAGGAUGUGUGAAAGUGUUGAGAGAUCAACCUGCAUCAAGUUCAGAAAACCUUCUUAAUGCUCUCAGAGAUCAUUUUGGGGCAAAUAUCAGGCCAAGAAAUUGUAGGAUUGUAGUGGAUACUCUCCCCUACAACUGCCAACUGAUCACCUGCCGUUCGCUUACCAGCUAAUCAGCUUACCCAGCGACAUCCACAGACUAGGUCUCAGGCGCGGACGCAGGAGUACUACCACUGACUGAUUUCUGACCGUCCGCUUACCAGCCAAGCAGCGAUGAGUUCAGCACACCAGGCCUCUCUCGCGAACUGCACGGUGAUUGGCGCCGCACAUUUCACACCUCUCUUCUCUGAUCCUAGGCAACCGUAAAAAUACGAGUAGGCCUGGCUGCGGAGCUCAUUCUACUCUACUCUCCAGAACCAGCAAGACCUCCCAACAAGCUCUUCACCAACCAGCUCCCUCAGCAAGCU